CGGGUAUAUAUGAGGGUGACUCGGGGCGGAGGGCACCAGCCUUGAUCGCGACUCGCCGCCCUUGCAGUUGCUGCUGCUGCUGGAGGAACGGAGCCGGGCGCAGAUUCCCCGUGACACCCGGAGAGACCUAGAGCUGCAGGUGCCAUGUCCGACCCAGGAGACAGCCGUCCGGUGCCGCGUAACAGCAAGGUGUGCCGCCGCCUCUUCGGGCCCGUGGACAGCGAGCAGCUCCGCCAGGACUGCGACGCCCUCAUGGCCGGCUGCCUGCAGGAGGCCCGCGAGCGCUGGAACUUCGACUUUGCCACCGAGACCCCGCUGGAGGGCAACUUCGCCUGGGAGCGUGUGCGGGGCCUGGGCCUGCCCAAGCUCUACCUGAGCCCCGGACCCCGGGGUGGCCGCGAUGACCUCGGAGGGAGCAAGCAGCCCGCCACCUCCUCCGCCCUGCUGCAGGGGGCAGCCCAGGACGACCACGUGGCCCUGUCGCUGUCCUGCACCCUGGUGCCUCGCUCCCCACAGAGGCCUGAAGACUCUCCUGGUGGGCCCGGGACCUCUCAGGGCCGAAAACGGCGACAGACCAGCAUGACAGAUUUCUACCACUCCAAGCGCCGGCUGGUCUUCUCCAAGAGGAAGCCCUAACCACUCUCCGUGCAGGGGGCCCCAGCGCCCUCUCCCCAUAUUCUGCCUUGGCCCUUCCUUCACUCUGUGCGUCUUAAUUAUUAUUUGUGUUUUAAUUUAAACUCCUCCUGUAUAUACCUUGCCUGCCCUCCUCCCCCAGCCUCUGACCUUAGACUUAUUUAAAACCCUAAGUUAGACGGUAGGAACGAUAGCUCCCUCAGUGCUGGGGAGGGUUAUUCUAUGGAAUAUUAUUUAAAGCCUUCUCAUCCUAGGCUCUCUGCUUCCUCUCCAGGAGGGAAGUUGGCUCCCUGGAGGGAACAUGGAGUGGGAAGGGCUGGCUUCAGGCCGUGCCUUCCUCCACCCCACCCUCUGGGUGGUACUGUCCCCAAGGGGCCUGGCUCCCUGCCUCUGCUCUGUCUCAUGGGUGUAACCCUCAGACUUGAGUUCCUGGUGAUUGGACAAGUAAAUAGCACUUUGAAAGGGGCCCAGCCCAAUGGGAGCCUCAUCAUCAACAAAUCUGAGGGUCCCCUCACCACCUCUAAGGUUGGCCAGGGCGACCGCGAAGUGGACACGACUUAGAAUAGGGGUGUGGUCUUAGCUCUAAGGUAAGGACCUAAUUCUAAUGUCUGGGCCCUUGACACCCACUUAGUCCUGUGAGGGCAGGGGAAGGUUCGGCCCUGGAGCCCACCUGCUACCCUGUGGACAGCCUGCCUCAGGUAGACACCUGUCCCCUCAACUCCCAAAGGACUUGGAAGGGAAGGGACAGGACGCAUGAAGUAGGGGUCUCUAGUUCUCUCUCAGGCAGCUGGAGCAGCAACUGCUGUCCCCUUUUUGUUCUGGGGAGGGGUCCUGGGUGGUGGGUUGGGCCUCCCUGAGCAGUGAGCCCUAACUGUGUUAGGAGUGUGGGGGGGCAUGGAUUUUUCUGGGAUGGAGACCACCCCCCUCUAGCCCCCUGGAAUUCCUCAGCGCCCUUCCUGUUUCUUUGCACUUUGAGUAGCAGCUGAACAAGAGUCAGGUCAAGAUGGUGCCCAGGGGUCGAGUGGGCCGACAGGGGACUGGAAGUGGUGGCUGGCUCUUUCCCCUGCACUGAUGAGCCCCUGGGGACAUCGAAGCACUUAGUGGGUCUGACCCCAAACGCCCUCCAGUUCCUGACACAUCCUGGCCUGGACUGUUCUCCCAAGAACACGUGUCCUAUGUGUCCUACCCCCCCCCCAGCUGUCGCCACCUAAGACUGUAAAUUCUUCAAGAGCAGGGACCACGCCCUUCUCUUUCCCCGUCCUUCACAACCCCACCCAAUGCUGGGUACAUAGCAGGUGCUCAAUAAAUAUAUCUUUAUAACCUCA